AUGUUGGUAGCUGCGCAGUCACUAAGAUUGGAAAUGCUGCUAGGCAUUUUGGUUAACUUCUUAGCACUAUGUCAAUAUGUGCUAAUAACAGCAAAUGAUGAAAAAUUGCGUGAUCCAGAAGGAUACGAAGCUAUAACACAAUUGCAUCAUCAAAUGGAUGACGACCAAUCCGGUUCCAUCGAUCGGUUCGAGUCAACGGAUUUUUUAAAAGAAGAUAUGCAGUUGGGAGGUUUGGAUCGGGCCAAGCGAGAACGUGCUUUUCAUCAUAACCAUGACGAGUUGAUAACAGUGGACGACUUAUGGGAAGCGUGGUUUGCAUGUGAGGAACGCUCUUGGACAACAACUGAUAUGGUGAAUUGGUUGGAAAAUACAGUUCGCCUUCCACAAUACGCAUCUGUUUUCAUUGGGAUGGAAAUUGAUGGUCGAGCUUUACCCAGAAUGGCUGUUGCUAAUUCGACCUAUUUAUUGACCGAUUUGGGCAUCAAAAAUUCGGUGCACAAGCAGAAGUUGCGUUUGAAAGCAUUAGAUGUCGUCCUUUUUGGUUUUAGUGACGGUAAUACAUCUCGGCUUAAAGAUAUUGCUUUAUCAAUCUUAGUGAUUGUAUUAGUUACGGUGCUUUUUGUUCUCAAAAUGCAGCGAACACGAUCGCAUAUGCAAAUGGAGCAACUGGCGGCGAAAUUAUCGCAGUUGAAAUCAAUGCAAAGCAAUUUUGAAGAUAUCCAGCAGAAAUUUGAAGAGGAACAAAAAAAACGACAAUCAAGUCGAGGUGCAGCAGAAAACGAACAAGUUGAAACGCUGAAAUCACAACUUAUGGAAGCUGAGCGUUUGCUAGAAAAUUCUGGUACGGCUCCUCUUGCUUUACAGCCGUUGUUAAGAAGGACCUGUGAACUGGAAGUAAGUUACAUUGGACAGCAACGAAUGGAAUGUAUUGCUGAAAUGAGAGAAGCCAUUGAACAUAUCGAUAAGCUUCGGAAAAAACAGUCAAGCCUUGUUUCCUCUAUCAAACUUGCUACAGGUGCUUCAUCGGGAACAGACCACAUCGAUUCGCGCAUUUUUGCUCUAAAAGCUCGAAUGGAAAAAAUCUCAUUGGCAAUGAGUGAGUGUCACCAGCGGUGGACUGAAAUUGAAUCGCUUUGUGGUUUCCCAUUGGUUCCUACGUCAGUUGCGGCUGAAAUAGUAUUUCCUUCUACAGUGGCUAGUAGUGUAUUACCGAGAAGCGGAUCCUCCAGUUCAUUUUAUCGUAAAUCGGAUUUAGUUGGUGCUACAGUGACGGCAAGCAUGGCUUCAUCCUCUACAUCUGGAAAUAGUCCACCUGUUAUAAUGGAGGAUAUUAGAGGUCGAACAUCACCACCAGUUUGUGUUUGUACUUACGAAAGUUUUGCAUCUGCGGGGGCUCGAUAUAUGGAUUCUUUAAAUUCGCAAAGAGAUAUUCACGAGAACGGGAAUGCUUCAAGACCUUUAAAAGUUGUAGCCGACAGCAAUAAACUACUUCAGCAUUCUUCGUCUUCCGGAUUUAGCAAAUGCUGUCAUAUCGGGCCCGUUGCCAAAAUACAGACAUCCCGAAAUCAAAGUAUCGGUCCUCUCAUGGAAACUGUUACUGAUGUUAUAUCCGAAACUCCAACAGUUAAUAAAGUGAUUGCCCCCACUGCUUCGCUGUCAACAACUGUCAAUCGUUUUUUACCGUUCAAGCAAGAUUUAAAGCUAUUAAAACGAAGUGUGUCAAAUGCAAUAUUCAGGCCUUCAUCGAGUACCAAAACAAAUGGAUUUGUAGUGGUUAAGGGAAAGAACAUGACUGAUAUAAGAAAGUCGAGAUUUGGGAAUUUCUUUCACAGAUCAUCAAAAAUUUAA